CAAACGACCACCGGAACGCCAGGAUACAAAUCGGAAAUCAUACAGGGGACUCCGGGAAUUUUCUCUCUCGCCUUUGUACUUCAUGCAUAGUAAUACCCCGACCUCGACGCUUCGGGGGUCGCCCUCGAAACGGAGCAAAUCUUCCCGAUUCACCACGCCUACCCCAGCACAGGCCGUAUCUAAUUCUGCCAGCUCCUCCAAAUUGCCGGACCAGCCAAUUUCUACAUUUUACUCAUGUAUCAGUAUUCCAGUUGAAGGCGCGAUUCCAAUUGAAGACGAGCCGCCUCAUGAUUCUAGGACUCCUUUGCCAGAGCCUUCCUCUGAACAGAAGCGGGCCCCGCGGAAAUCAAAGACAGAUGCUCUGGCUGCUAUGAAGGACAGAGAAAUAUCGUACUCGGUCGAUCGCGAUGACUCUGAGCCUCCCGACAUUUUAGAAGAGAUGUACCGCAAUGCCGUUCCCAUCACCGUCUCUCCCACACUUGACCUCUCCACCGUUAAAACAACAAGUCCCCGUGGCUAUAAACCUCCACCUAAUGUCUCUCGCCCCUUCGAAAUAAAGGAUUGUCCUGAAUAUUUUCCUACUGCGGAGGAAUUCAAAGACCCGAUGGCGUACAUCAACUCUAUCGCAGAUGAGGCCAAAGCUUUCGGUAUCUGCAAGAUUGUACCGCCAGAAGGCUGGAAGAUGCCUUUCGUGACAAACACUGAAACAUUUCGCUUCAAGACCCGUCUGCAGCGUCUUAACUCGAUAGAGGCCGCAUCUAGAGCAAAGAUAAACUUUUUGGAGCAACUGUAUCGAUUCCACAAGCAGCAGGGGAAUGCGCGUGUUGUUAUCCCCACCAUCAACCACAAGCCACUGGAUCUGUGGCUCCUAAAGAAGGAAGUCAACAAACUGGGAGGAUAUGAAGCGGUCACCCGAGAUAAGAAAUGGUCAGAACUGGGCAGGCUCCUCGGCUAUCGAGGUAUACAAGGUCUGGCCACACAGAUCAAACAGUCCUAUUUGCGAGUUGUUUUGCCCUACGAGCGUUUCUGUGAUCAACCAAGGAACGCGCCUAACACACCUUCAAACGCCCAGCCGGGUAAGCCAUUGAAUCGGUCGGAUACGAAUGGCGUCGACCCUGCACCUACAUUCAGUCCCCUUACCCCUUCGAGUCCGCUCUCAGAGCCGCCACUUGACACGGAUGAAGAAGAUGACGGCCCCGAUACGCCCACUAGGCCAAGACGAAGCAGGCGGGUCAACUCCUCUGAUCCCACAGCUUCCAACUCGAAGAAAUCCGUUGUUAACGCUGGUCCUGCCAUCCCGGUUGAUAUACCGGCUGUUCUUCACUCUAAAAUUGGCGGUAAGGAAAUAACAGAGGCACACUGUGAAAUAUGUCUGCAGGACGACAAUGGGACCUCCAUGCUAUUGUGUGAUGGCUGUGACUGUGGUUUUCACACUUUCUGUUUGACGCCACGCGUAAAGAGCAUUCCCAAAGGACAGUGGUAUUGCCACGCCUGCCUUUCAGGGUCUGGCCGUGAUUUUGGUUUUGACGAAGGCGAUGAGCACACUUUGUCCACUUUCCAAGCUCGGGACGCAGAAUUUAGGCGCGUUUGGUUCAAAACGCACCCCCCAUCAAGGCCGGAAAAUGCCAUAGAUGUCGACGAUCCUACAAAUACCCGUAUCGGUAAUGUGACGCUCUCCGAGUACGAUAUGGAGAAUGAGUUCUGGCGAUUGGUUCAGACACCUCAUGAAACGGUUGAGAUCGAGUAUGGUGCUGACGUGCAUUCUACGACACAUGGAAGUGCCAUGCCUACCAUGGAAUCACAUCCAUUAGAUCCUUAUGCAAAAGAUCCUUGGAAUCUUAACAACAUUCCUAUUGUCAAUGACUCUCUGUUGCGGUUCAUCAAAUCGGAUAUUUCUGGCAUGACUGUUCCAUGGACUUAUGUGGGAAUGACAUUUUCGACUUUCUGUUGGCACAAUGAGGAUCAUUACACUUAUAGUAUUAACUUCAUGCACUGGGGCGAAACGAAAACCUGGUAUGGAAUCGCCGGCGAGGAUGCAGCUUUAUUUGAAGCUGCAAUUCGCAGCGAAGCGCCUGAUCUGUUCGAAGCACAGCCUGAUCUUCUUUUCCAAUUGGUCACGCUCAUGAAUCCGCAACUUGUCAAGGAGGCUGGUGUACGCGUGUUCGCCUGCAAUCAGAGGCCGGGAGAAUUUGUCAUCACGUUCCCCGAAUCUUAUCAUGCAGGUUUCAACCAUGGUCUUAACUUCAACGAGGCUGUCAAUUUCGCGCUUCCCGAUUGGUUGCCCCACGGUAGAGAUUGUGUGCAGAGAUACCGCGAUCACAGAAAGCUACCCGUGUUUUCGCAUGAUGAGCUGCUCAUUACCAUUACUCAGCAGUCACAAUCAAUCACAACGGCUAUAUGGCUAAUAGACAGUCUGAGGGAAAUGACGGAUCGGGAAAUGCACGACCGUGAGACCGCACGCUCUAUGGGCAUGGCACAGAUUUUGGAUGAACAAGAUCGACCAGAAGAUCACUAUCAAUGCGCUGUCUGUAAAACGUUUUGCUAUCUCUCUCAGGUCACUAGCAGUUGCACUACGCAAGUUGUGUGCGUAGACCAUGCGCAUCUGCUCUGUGACAAGACCGAUCACCAGGCUACGUACACGCUACGAAAACGCUUCUCGGACGAUGAAUUAUUGGAGAUCCUUGCUAAAGUCGAAGAACGUGCUGGUAUACCCUCGACAUGGCAAACAAAGCUUUCCAAACUGCUCUCUGAUAGCCCUAAGCCACCCCUUCGCACUCUUCGUGCCCUUCUUGCCGAAGGAGAACGAAUCAACUACCACAUACCCGAACUUGCACAUCUUAAAAAGUGUGUCGCCAAAGCUAAUGAAUGGGUAGAUGAAGCCAAUGCAUUCAUCGUUCGCAAACAGAGUCGCAAACGGUCGAGGCGCUCACGAGGCCGUCACGCUCUGAAUGACGUGGAUGAUUCGGAUCGACCUGAUCGAACUUUGGAUGACCUGUAUCAGGUGCUGAAGAAGGUUGAUAUGCUCGGUUUCGAUUGUUCUGAAAUAGCAGCGCUACAAAGUCUGGCACAGCGGGCUGAGGAUAUGAAGAAACAGGCUGACGUGCUCAUGGGAGAAGACCAGGACACUGAAGCGCAAGACUAUAUCGAUCGGUGCAGACGUCUUCUCUUAGAAGGCUCGUCUUUGAAUGUUCUACUUGAUGCAUUAGUACGAGUGGAACAGAUCGUCGAAAGGGUACAGCUGAGCAAGGAGCUCAAGGAGAAGCUGGAUGAUGGGGAGAUUUCGCUGACACUGGAGGACGUGCGCCAGCUUCUGACACGUACUCGUGCGUGCGAUAUGCCCGCCGACGAUAAGCACGUGCAGCUUUUAGAAAGCCGGCAGCGUGUCGGAGACACUUAUGAGGAUCGGGCAAAGAGUGUUCUCUCCCUACCCAUCAAAACCAUAGAAGAACUGGAGGAAUUUGCUAACCUGGACAGUAGCAUCCCCAUUGAUCCCACAGUUCUCGAUCGGCUCAUGCAAGCUCGUGCCAAAGCGAAAGACUUCGAAAAGCAGGCUCUAGCUUGGCUACAUCCUGAACCUGAUAUAUCAAAACCCCGACCACAGGACGUUAUGCGACUUGUAAACCGUGCUGAGAAGGACUUCAAGAUAGCUGCAGUGCGCGAUCUCAAAGUCACUGCUGAAAUUGCGGUUGACCUUGAGACUCGAUGCGAACAAGUGAAGAACAACAAGUAUCGCAAGUCCUCGAAUGAGGAUUUGUUCGCUACUUUGAAGCAAUGGCGCUCUUACACAAGGGACCAUCUCAAAAUGUUUACUUUGCCGUUCUUUGACGAGGUUGAGAAGGAACUUGGUAAACACGAACAGUGGCUGAAAGAAUUACCUUGGUGGUGCGAGGAGCACGAACAGCCCGAGGGUCAGGAUAUCCUUGACGAUGUGAUGGCUUGCACUCGCCAAGAGGACGACGACCCUCCCACAGACGAGUUCUUCACUUGCAUCUGCAACAACCCUGUGCGCCCUCCGCCUGCAGGAAUUCCAUCUGACGCCGUGCAAUGCGACUAUUGCUUCGCUCGAUUCCAUGGAGAGUGUGCCAAAAACGGAGGUUCUUGUCCAUUUUGCGACCAUCAUCACUGGAAUGGCGAAAUACGUAAGGAACGGAACUGGCAUUUCUGCUAUCUUCCUCACAUCCUUCGGAACGCGCCUGAUAUUACUAAGAACUAUUCUGAUGACUGGAGGCAGUUGCAGAUCAUCAUUCAUCGCGUCGAUCGCCUAUCAGCCGUGAUUGGCCAGUUUCUGUCGUAUACGUCACAACCUGAUCAUCAACGACCCGAUUUCAUUCACCAAGUCCGACACUACAUGCGUAAACUCUACAAGAUCCAGUUUGCGGUUUCCCCCAACCCAGACGUUUCGUUCGGACUGGAUCUUGCCCAGCUUCAUCGUAUAUUGGCUGGACGACCCCCUCUUAUGCGGACGAAGAGACGCAAACGGCCCAAGUUCACCUUUGGCCAGGACAUUGACCGUGACUGGUCGGACGGUACGCGAUGCAUUUGCAGAGGUCGUACACCUUACCUUCUCAAUUAUGCAAUGGUCCAAUGCGAGUCAUGUGAAAAGCACUAUCACUCAGGUUGUGUUUUCUUCCCUCAGGAACCUACGACUCAUGCCCGGAAGCAUUACAUAUGUCCUCUUUGCUGUUUACGGAAGGGAAGACCCUAUCCAUUUGCUGAAGUCAGGGUAAAACCUUACGCAGAAGGAAACAUCGCCCCCGAAAUCUACGUUAAUGUUGAAGAGAUGCUGGAAAGUUGUAGCAAGGAUAUCAUUUACAAGAAGCUGCCUCCGCCAUACAUGGCAACGCUUUUCGUUGAAUUGGUUAAGUUCAGCCCUUGUCAGCCGGAGACACCAAAUGUUGAGCCGCAUCCGUUGUCCUCUUCUUCAAUACCCCCACCUGGUUCUUCUCGAGCUCCUCUUCCUCCCCAUAAUAGCGUGUCUCAUCAUACCCGACAUCUUCCUGCUGCCAUACCUGUAGCAUCAUCUUCUCGACCAUUAUCGAAUUCACCCUCGUCUGGUCAACAUCCUCCACCACCUCCGUGGUCCCGGUGGAACACGUCUCACCCUCUUCUUGGAUCGUCCCCAACCUUGCCACGACGCGAGAUCAUACCGAUUGAGCCUCAACCCCUGAGAAAGCGCAAGCACUAUGACGAAUCGCCUUUAGAAGAGUUCAGGCCUCUUAGAGCACCUUCGCCAAAGCGGCGCUCUCUCGAGCCUCCAAAUCUCCCAUCGGUGUCUCAAACCGCCACGCCUGUCCUUCCACCUCUGCACACACCCCGGCAGACGCUCUCGCCGUCCCUCGCUAUGAUUAUGUCUACGCCAGAUCCACCGUAUUCAGGUCCUACGUAUGAUGCACAUAAUGCUCGUUUACUUGACGUCAAGACCUCACCUUCCCUUAUACCGAGAAAUAGGUGAUGCAUAGAUUUUUGGGAUUAACUUUGAGUGUCUGGUAUGCUCUUUUUGCUCUACAUGCUGUCGUAUUUAUAUGUCCUCUCCCUUGUAAUAUCAAUGCUAUAUUAUAAACUGGAAGAAACAC